CUGGGAUUCAAAUAAUAAUUAAGACAACAUAGAUAUACUAUCUUGGCUGUAAAGGAAGCAUAAACUAAUUAUAACCAAAGCAAGGCACAGCAAGUAAAGACAGUCCCUGAAUUAUAAACAUCCAACCUAAAAACGACUCAUAGUUAAGACUGGAGCUGAGACAACAGGAAGUGGAGGAAAUCUACCCCUUGGAAGGGGAAUUCAAUCCUGGAAGAGUUAUUAUGGGAAAAGUUAUUUCAAAUGAAGCUUUAUCGCCAAUCCUUGCUUUCAUAACAAGCCAAAUUUUUUUAAAAUCCAAUUAUCACAGGGACAGAAAGUGAGGUAAAAUUUUCUGAACAGGGGCACAAAUAGUAUAACAAAUAAUACAGGAAUAUUAAUCCUUCCCUAUGCUUUCCAAAGGCAUGCCUGUUCCAAGUUAAAGACAAAUUCAGCUUAAGAACAAACCUACAGAACCUACCUUGUUAGUAACUCAAGGACUGCCUGUAUUUGUCAUAGUGAAAACAAUUUGCACAAUGAAUUGAGGGGGGUGGUACAGUCUUCUUCUCGGUAUUGUGAUCAUAUUUAUUUUACUGACUAUACGUUGAUAAGUUGUCUGAAAAUGUAUUUUUCUGUUAUCUUCUUCUCUCAAUUUUAUAGAGCCUGACACUUUUCUGAUACAUAAUGAAUACCUCGGGCAUUGUCUGCAACCUCAAACAUCUCUUUCCAUCAUCCCAAUGAGCUGUAAUAAGGAUAAUGACUGGCAACAUUUUAAGUGGGCUUCUGAAGACCAGAUAGUAAACAUGGGAACAAAGCGAUGUCUAGCAGUAACUUCAAGAACCAGCCUGGCUCCACUCACUCUCUCUCCCUGUAACAAGACCAGUGAACUUCAGAGAUGGGUCUGCAAGAAUGAGACUCUCUUGGCACUUAGGGAUGAAAAUCUGUUUUUACAGCCUGGAAGUGGAUGGAAGGACAAUGUGAUACUGUCUCAAACAAUCAGCACCAAGAGUGUCUGGACUGUCUAUGGCACAAGAAAUGGCUUAUGCUCCAAGGGAUAUGAAGCACUGUUUACCUUAGAAGGCAAUUCCUUUGGAGCCCCCUGUGUAUUCCCAUUCAAGUAUUUAGGCAAGUGGCAUGCAAAGUGCAUAAGAGACAGUGAUACAAAUGCACAACUCUGGUGUGGAACAACUGCAGAUGUGGAUGAAGAUUCUCUAACAGGCUAUUGUCCAGUGGAUGUUGACCAAGAUGAUUCUUUCUGGACCAAAAACCAUUGGACGGGAGAUCUCUACCAAAUCAACCCUAAUUCAGCUCUCACAUGGCACCAAGCCAGAAAAAGUUGUCAGCAGCAGAAUGCAAAACUGCUGAGCAUCAAAGAACUACACGAACAAACAUACUUGAUAGGAUUAACAAGUCAUCUUGACACCGAUUUCUGGAUAGGCCUUAACAACUUUGAUGUUGAUAAUGGAUGGGAAUGGACUGGCAACCAACCUUUCAGAUAUUUAAACUGGGCUCCAGGCAGCCCAUCUCCGGAAUCUGAAAAGAUCUGUGGAUUAAUGCAGUCAAACAGUGGUAGAUGGGUGAAUAAUAAAUGUGAUGAAAAAUUUGGAUACAUUUGCAAAAAAGAUAACUCUUCAGUAGAUGUUCCAGUUAUCCCUACAGAUGGCUUAAAGCCAAUUAAGUGUCUCGAUGGCUGGGUUGCCUAUGCAGGCCAUUGUUACCUUCUUAACAGAAAUCUUAAGACAUGGAAGAAUGCACUACUGUACUGUCGAAAGGCGGGUGGUGAUUUAAUAAGUAUGCACAACAUUGAAGAAUACAGCUUCGUGAUUUCUCAGCUUGGUUACAACCCAACAGACCUUCUGUGGAUAGGACUGAAUGACCAGAAGACUGAAAUGUAUUUUGAAUGGAGUGAUGGUACUCCAGUAAGCUUUACCAAGUGGCAGCGAGGAGAACCCACACAUGUAACUAAUGUGCAAGAAGAUUGUGUUAUCAUGAGUGGCGAGAAUGGAUACUGGAGUGAUAAUUUCUGUGAUGAAGAAUUGGGCUACAUCUGUAAAAGUAAACCAUUGCUAAGUGUUCUGGAUGAACCUGAACCUGUUGAUCCAACGUGCCCCAAAGGUUGGAAAAGGCAUGGUUUUUAUUGUUACUUCACUGGAGAGACCACUAAAACGUUUUCAGAAGCAAAGACGUUCUGCGAAGCAACCAAGGGAUUUCUGACUUCUGUGGAGGACAGAUAUGAACAGGCCUAUUUGACUAGUCUAAUUGGGCUGCGUUCUGAAAGAUAUUUUUGGAUAGGCUUCUCAGAUGUAGAGCAGCCAGGGACAUUCAACUGGACCAAUGGAGAGAAAAGUUUGUUCAGCCAUUGGAAUUCAGAAAUGCCCGGGCAACGUCCUGGCUGUGUGGCCAUGAGAACAGGAACGGCAGCUGGAUUAUGGGAUGUUGUGGACUGCAAGGAGAAGGCAGCUUUCCUCUGCAAACAAUGGGCAGAAGGUGUGACACCCCCUCCUGUCCCACCAGUAACUGUCCCACCUCCAUGUCUAGAUGGAUGGACCCCAAGCCCAACUAGGAAUGUGUGCUUCAAAAACUUUAAUGAAAAAUAUCUUAAGAAAACAUGGUUUGAAGCAAGAGAUUUUUGUAGAGAAAUUGGAGGAGACUUGGCUUCUAUUCACAACGAAGAAGAACGACGGGCAGUAGCGGGUUAUGGUGAUGAUUUCUGGAUUGGUUUAAAUACUUUAGAUCCUGAGAAAGGAUUGGCUUGGACUGAUGGAUCUCCUGUAGACUAUCAAUUUGGAAUUGACUGGUCAUCACUUUCCCAAAGAAACAAACCAGGUUGCAAAAUAAUAACGAGAUAUGGAUACUGGACAAUGGUCUUGUGUGACUCUUUGAAGAAGUGGAUUUGCCAAUUAAAAAGGGGUGCACCUUUUAUAAAAGAACCAACUGAUACUUUUGACUAUCUUUUCAAGACCAUUGAAGAUGGCUGGAUUGCUUAUAAAAGCAAUGAGUAUUAUUUCAGUAAUAUCACUGUGCCUGCAGAAAAGGCCCAAGAAAUCUGCAGGAAGCAUGGUGGUCGUCUCACAGUCAUCGAGAAUGACGAUGAAAGAAGAUUUCUGUGGAAAUAUAAUACCUUCUAUGGAAAGCAACAUGAUUCUUAUAUUGGCUUAAUUGUGGGUCUGGAUGGAAAAUUUGCCUGGUUGGAUCGAUCUCCAGUGACAUAUACAGCCUGGGCCCCUGAUGAACCCAACUUUACAAAUGAUGAUGAAAAUUGUGUGGUUUUGUAUUCAGGCACAGGCAAGUACACCAAUGUAAUCCCUAUGAUAUGUGUGCUUGUGGGAAUGGGGCAAGGGAUGAAUAAAUAUAUAGAACGGUUAUCACACAUUAAUAAAAUAUGUCUUUAUUUAGGCUUAUGGAAUGAUAUAAACUGUGGUUCUCUGAAUGGUUUCAUCUGUGAGAGACACAACCGUUCUGCUGCUUUGCCUGUUGCUCCCACAUCACCUGAACCCCUUGGAGGCUGUGCAGACGGCUGGCUUUUGUUUAAUAACAAGUGCUUCCAAAUAUUUGGUUUACAUGAAGAAGACAGGAAAAACUGGUCUGAUGCACGUGCUGACUGCAAAUCCCGAGAAGGAAAUCUGGCCACUAUACCAAGCAAAGCUGUUCAAGCUUUCCUCACAGUGCACAUAAGAAGCAUCCCAAGUGGCCCCUGGAUUGGACUGAAUGCUAUUGCUUCAUGGGGACGUUUUUUAUGGACAGAUGGAAGUGGCGUCUACUAUACAAACUGGGACAAAAGAUUACCAUCCUUUUCUAUGCAGUGUGUUUAUAUGAUGGAGGGAGGAAUUUGGAAAAACGAUAGGUGUAGUACUAAGAAAAGCUAUAUCUGUCAAAGAAAGACUGAUGCUAUAUUAUCUUACUCUGGCACAACAAUUUCAGCCUCUGGAUAUACUCGUUAUGGAAAUAGCAGCUAUUCUCUUGUUAGUCCCAAAAUGUCAUGGGACGAAUCAAGAAAAAGGUGUAAAUCUGAAAAGUCAGAACUUGCCAGCAUAGUCGAUCCCUAUGUCCAGUCAUUCCUAUGGCUACUUGUGCUUAAAUACAAUGAACCUGCCUGGAUUGGUCUAACCAGCAAUCUGACCAAUGAGAAAUACAAGUGGAUCAGUAAUCGAAGACUGGUGUAUACCAACUGGGCUGCUGAAGAACCAAAAGAAAACAUUGCCUGUGUCUAUUUAGACCUUGAUGGUCAUUGGAAAACAGGAACUUGUGAUGAAAAAUACUUCUCUAUUUGUGAGCAGUAUCAUGGUAUAAUCCCAACAGAGUUUCCUGAGGCCCCAGGAGUAUGCCCUGGAUCAAAAGAGCACCACAGUCCUUGGAUUUCUUUUCGGGCUCACUGCUAUUCCUUCUACUCCAUCUUGGAAUCCUGGCCUCAGGCAUCUGUGAGAUGUUCUCAUUUAGGUGGUACUUUGACUUCAAUAGAAGAUUCAGCUGAAUUGGAGUUUUUGCUGGACCAUACCAAAUACCUCAGACCAAAACAUUUUUGGAUAGGACUGUUUAAAAAUGUGGAUGGAGAAUGGAUAUGGGAAGAUAAAACCAAAGUGGAUUUUGUGAACUGGAAAAAUGGACCACCUGGAGUUAUUAACAGAACUUACAGUAUUGAUGAUUACAAUAUUGUAUUUCAAGAGGGGUGCAUUUUCAUAAAUGGACAUAACGGGGAAUGGCUUGGUGAAGACUGUUACUAUUCAAGAAAAGGAUUUAUUUGUAAAACACCCAAGAUUCUUGAAGAGCCAUAUGUGCCCCCUACAGGUAAAGAAGAGCAAACGCCAAAGCAUGCCACAAGCACGGUGGCCAUCAUCCUGGUUCUUCUUACCCUUGCUGCUGCAGGAGUCGGAGGUUAUGUUUUCUACAGGAGAAGAAGGGGGCAACCACAAACCCUGGGUGGGUUUGACAACUCCUUGUAUAAUAAGGACCGUGUGGUUAUCCCCCAGAAAGACCCAGAAUCUCUUGCGAAUAACAACGAGGAGAGAUUGACAAGUUUCAGGGGCAAUCCUAGUUAACACAAUUGGACUUAUAUCUAAGUAGAAGGAUACUUGUGCCAUAGUUAACAUUUGGAAAAUAUUCCGCUUAAGCAGUAACUCUUUGCAGCAGAAUUGGCAAGCCUCUGGAGCAACAAUGUUGGUGAAUUUGAUCCAUUGUUGUACAUUUUUGCAUCUCAUCACUUGCUUCAGGCCUAGAUGGGACUCCCGUAUAAACUGGAAAAGCCUGGAUUUUUGUUUGUUUGUUUGCUCCCCCAAAAUGUUGAAGACAUGGAGCCUUUAGAAGGGUUGAAGAACUGCUCAGGAUGUGGAAUGUUCAUAGAAAAUGUAAUAUAAUUUCAUAGAAAAUGUUUGAUGGUACAAUGUGAGUAGAAGUCUGCUUCCGCUUGCAUACUUUGUUUUUGGAUAUUGCCAAAGUCUAAGAACUGUAUGUUUUAUGUGUUUCCUUAAAUGGUACAAAGGAUUAUUUCAUCUCCUGAGUUUUUUAUUUCUUCCGCCCACAUGCACACAACUCAAUAUAUUCUUGCAUUUCAUUCUGACACUUUUCUCAUUGCCAAGGAUGAAACAGACAUCACUAGUAUUGGUUCCAGAGUUUCUAUAUAUUGCUUUCAGGUAGUAUCCAAGGAUUAAAGCCUUAAAACAACAACUGCAUGAGUGAAUAAUCGGAAGCGGAACAAUGAACUAAUAAGAAUAAAAAUUCAAAGAAAUUAAGAAGAAUUAAAAUCUUGUUCUAUAUGUGUGAUUGAAUGAUGAAGCCAGUUGCAUAAUUGGCUUUUUCGUCAAAUUUAAAAGUGUAUGUUCAUCAGUCCUCUAGCCUAUUUUUGUAACUUCUGUAUGUUCUGAAGCAUGGGAAUGACACCUUACGGAAACAUUUUGGAGCCUUUUUCCUAUUCCAAAAAGGCUACUCGUGUAUGUGCUACAUGAAUCAUGUUUAACAUUGUUAUUAUGUACCUUUAAGUUGUUUCCAACUUGUGGAUACCCAAAGUUAAACCUGUCAUGAGGUUUUCUUAUCAGAGAUGAUUUUGCCUUGCUUUUCUUUUAGGCUGAAAGAAUAUCUUGCCCAAGAUUGCCCUCGGGUUUCCAUGGCAAAGCAGGGAUUAAAACACUGGUCUACAGAGUUGUGGUCCAACACACAAGCUACUAUAACAUGCUGGCUGUAACUUAAACUUAUUCUUACUCAUAAUUAAUUAUAUAAAUUGUAUUCAAAAGUAAUCAGAACAUAUGUGUUGUUGGGUACAUGUGGUAUAGAGACUACAGUUCAUCCUUGGGGAAGAGGGGCUCUAGUUCUAUUCCCUUAAAUGUUAUAAAGCAAACUGGUUUUCCUCCUGAUCAUCUGGUAAUAUGGAGUCUCCGGUGGCGUAAUGGGUUAAACCCUUGUGCCGGCAGGACUAUUGAUCUACAGGUUGCCGGUCCAAAUCUGGGGAGAAAGGGAUGAGCUCCCUCUGUCAGCUCCAGCUCCCCAUGUGGGGACAUGAGAGAAGCCUUCCACAGGAUGGCAAAACAUCAAACACCCAGGCAUCCCCUAAGCAACGUCCUUGCAGACGGCCAAUUCUCUCACACCAGAAGCGACUUACAGUUUCUCAAGUCGCUCCUGACAUGAAAAAGAAAACCUGCUAAUAUUUAAAAAACCUUUUAAAUAGUUCUUUUUUUCCCAGUGAAUUGUGUGAAAGCGUCAGCCUCAGAAAUAAAAUAUGUAUGUGUAGGUCACUGGACGUGUAAAAAUGUAAUAAUGGUUUCAUAAAUUAUAAAAUUAUGCAUUUCUUUACUGUGUAUUUAUGUGUUGUCUUUGUACACUUCUGUAUAAACAUAAGGCGUUUGAGAGCAUAUAUAGGCUGAAACAUGUUAGGCUUUUUAUCAAUAAAUCAUUCAUCCAUAGA